AUGAAGGCGGUGUACGAUGCUGUUACCAACGAUGGUGUAACUCCUAAUGGAAAGAUCAUGUCAUUCAGGAAAAUAGUACGCAAAUUGGACUUCUGUUGGAAAAGAACGGAAGAUAACAGGAAUGUACUGAUUGAAAAGCCUGAGAUCAGUUGCGGGGCAGCUGUCAAAACGCUCUCCACAGCAAUAUCUUCUUCUUCUGGAAUGCAUUGUGGUUUGGGUUUCCUGGUGAAAGUAGGCGGAAUACCUUCUACUAUAUCACAGUUCGAUGAAGCAUGUAAUACUGACGCCAAUAUGUCUCUGUGCAGUUGUGUAAUUCCAGUGACAAACGUCAAAGAAGAAGAAGAAAUGAUAAUUCAGAUAGCUAAGGUUGACUUUGUGGAAGAUAUUUUCUAUACAUUGAAAAACCAACUACAAGAUUCAACAGCAAGAGGUGCGGUACAGGUAGCCUCGCCAACUCUACUGACUGCCUUACAAGUGUAUUCUCCAGCAUUUUCUGGGAAGACUUCUGCGAUCUGCAAGGUACACACGCCCUCUGUGUCUUGGGUGAUGACGACGUCCUUAGCUUCCCGCACUGUACCAGGAGUAGUAGGCUUCGAUGGUCUUUGCGGAGUUGUUGGUCCUUGGACGAUACAUUCAGCUUCGCAUCUAGCUUCACCACCGUUGUUCAUGGCUACACAUUCGUACUUGCCGCUGUCUUCAGGAGCUACCUCCAGUAUCAGUAGUGUGUACAUCUCGUCUUCCUCGAGGAUCUUGUAUUUGAUGUCCGGGUUUAGAGAUCAGAUGACACAAGAGUGCAUGAAAGAUUCCAUGACUUUUGAUAGAGGAUCUACCGAGAAGCAAAAAUUGAAAGUUGACCCAUGUUUACAGCAGUCAGUGCAGUGGUCAAGAAUACUUUUUAGUGAUGUAUGA